CGCCCCCUCUGGGCCUCUGCCACACGUGCAUCAAAAAAGCCGGAGAAACUCGAGCCAGAAUUUUCGUGUGUUGUGGUUUUGGAAAUUUACCUUUUCCAUUCCGUCUGUCGUAUCUGAGGAUCAUUUUGAGUGGAUGCUGCAAUCAUGGUGCAGCCAGUGCCAGAGAAAAUAGACUUUCCCAAAGAGGAGGAAAUCGUUUUGGAACUUUGGAAAAAGCUCGACGCCUUCCAAACUUGCUUGAAGCAGUCGAAGGGAAAGCCACGAUACACGUUCUACGACGGCCCUCCAUUUGCGACUGGUCUGCCUCAUUAUGGCCACAUUUUGGCAGGUACGAUCAAAGACAUCGUCACUCGAUACGCUCAUCAAAAAGGAUUCCACGUUCAAAGGCGAUUCGGCUGGGAUUGCCACGGACUUCCAGUUGAAUUUGAAAUUGACAAAGUUCUCGGGAUCAAAGGCCCUGACGAUGUUGCAAAAUUAGGCAUCAAAAACUACAACAAUGAGUGCCGCAAAAUUGUUAUGCGGUACUCAUCAGACUGGGAGAGGAUUAUCAACCGCCUUGGUCGAUGGAUUGAUUUUAAAAAUGAUUACAAGACACUUUACCCCAGCUUCAUGGAGAGUGUCUGGUGGGUUUUCAAAACGCUGUACAGCAAGGGCCUGGUUUACCGUGGAGUUAAGGUGAUGCCUUACUCGACAGCUUGCAACACUCCCUUGUCAAAUUUUGAGUCGGGCCAAAACUAUAAAGAAGUGCAAGACCCAGCAGUUGUCGUCAAUUUCCCUCUGCUUGACGAGCCAAAUGUGGCCCUCGUGGCUUGGACCACCACACCCUGGACUUUGCCCAGCAAUUUGGCUCUUUGCGUCAAUCCGGAGUUGAAGUACAUCAAGGUCAAAGAAAAGGCCACAGGCAAAAUCUAUAUCCUGAUGGAGGCUCGAGUGGAAGCUCUUUUCAAGAGUCCUGAACUGUACGAAGUUCUUGGUUCCAUGCUGGGUAAAGAGUUGAAGGGAAAGAAGUACAAACCGAUUUUCGACUACUUCGCUCAGCUUCAGAGCAAGGGCGCUUUCCAAGUACUUACCGAUGGCUACGUCACCGAGGAGUCUGGCACAGGAAUCGUCCACCAGGCGCCCUACUUUGGUGAAGACGAUUACCGCGUGUGCCUGGCGGCUGGAGUCAUCACCAAGGAACAAGACAUCAUUUGUCCUGUGGACGCCAGUGGCAAAUUCACCGCCCCUGUCACAGAUUUUGAGGGUCUUCAUGUGAAGGAAGCCGACAAGGGCAUCAUCAAAAUGCUCAGGGACAACGACCGACUCGUAACUGCUGGCACGGUUAACCACAGCUACCCCUUCUGCUGGAGGUCUGAAACGCCCUUGAUCUACAAAGCAGUGCCUUCGUGGUUCAUCAGGGUCGAGCAAAUGAGCCAAUCACUGCUUGAAAGCAAUCAAAACACUUAUUGGGUCCCCGAUUUUGUGAAGGAGAAGCGAUUUGGGAAUUGGCUGAGAGAUGCCCGUGACUGGGCUGUGAGCCGCAACCGCUAUUGGGGAACUCCCAUUCCUCUGUGGGUUUCCGAAGACUUGCAAGAGGUCGUUUGCAUUGGCAGUGCCGAAGAGUUGAGCAAACUUUCAGGCGAGAAAAUCGAGGAUCUCCAUCGUGAGAGUAUUGAUCACAUCACAAUCCCUUCGAAGAGACCUGGUCACCCUCCUUUGAAAAGGGUAACUGAGGUGUUUGACUGCUGGUUUGAGUCGGGAUCGAUGCCAUACGCUCAGUCUCACUAUCCAUUCGAGAAAAGGAAGGAGUUUGAGGACAAUUUUCCGGCAGACUUUAUUGCUGAGGGUAUUGACCAGACCCGUGGAUGGUUUUACACCCUUUUGGUCAUUUCAACCGCAAUAUUCAACAAACCCCCUUUCAAAAAUCUGAUCGCAAAUGGCCUCGUCUUGGCUUCAGACGGACAAAAGAUGUCAAAGAGCAAGAAGAACUACCCAGAUCCUCUGGAGGUGGUGAACAAGUAUGGUGCUGACGCUCUUAGGCUCUACUUAAUCAACUCGCCUGUAGUGCGUGCUGAGAAUUUGCGUUUCAAAGAGGACGGAGUUCGAGAUAUCUUAAAGGAUGUCUUUCUACCCUGGUACAAUGCCUACAGAUUCUUUGUUCAAAACGUUGAAAGACUCCAAAUGGAAAGUGGAUCCACCUUUCAGUUUGACGAGAAUAUUCUCAACCAACUCGGCAACACCAUGGACAAAUGGGUUCUGUCCUUUACUCAGUCCCUGAUUGAGUUUGUAAAGCAAGAGAUGGCUGCGUACCGACUUUACACAGUUGUCCCCAGACUCGUUCAGUUUAUUGAAAAUCUUACCAACUGGUAUGUCAGGAUGAACAGGAAGAGACUGAAGGGUGAAGGUGGUGACGAAGACUGCAAGCAGGCUCUCAGCACGCUUUUCAAAGUUCUGUACUCGAUGACGUGUGUCAUGGCACCCUUCACACCGUUCCUCACCGAGCUCAUGUACCAAAAUCUAAGGCACCUUGUGUCCAAUCCUCUAGACUGUGUGCAUUAUGUGAUGCUGCCAGAGCCACAAUCGCAACUCAUCGACAAGGACAUUGAACGAGCCGUGGCCAACAUGCAAACUGUCAUCGAGCUCGGAAGAGUUAUUAGAGACAAGCACUCUCAGCCAAUGAAAUAUCCUCUGCCUGAAGUUGUGGUUAUCAGCAAAGAUGAGCAAACUUUGAAGGACGUUCGAGCCCUGCAGCCUUAUGUUCUGGAAGAACUGAAUGUUCGCAGUCUGACUGUUACGAGUGACAAAGAAACCUACGGGGUUGUCAUGCGAGCCGAGCCAGACCACAAAACUCUUGGGUCUCGCUUGAAAGGCACAUUCAAAGCUGUCUCUCAGGCCAUCAAGGAUUUGAAAGACGCAGACAUCCAGAAUUUCCUGGACACAGGCAGCAUAGAGUUACUGGGCCAAAAGUUAACCCCUGAAGAUAUUCGUGUCAUGUACACAUUCAAAGGUCAAUCAGCAGGAGCGGAUAAAAAGUACGAGGCUCAUUCUUCUGGACAGAUAAUUGUGUUGCUGGACUUGAAAGCUGACCAGUCUAUGGUGGAAGAGGGCAUGGCUCGUGAAGUUAUCAACCGCAUGCAGAAGCUGAGGAAAAAGGCAGGUCUUGUACCGACUGACCAAGUCACACUUUUCUAUGGAGUGACCCCUGCAAAAAGUGAUCUUGAACGCAUUGUUCAGUCGUAUCUCUCAUUUAUUGAGAACACCGUCAAAAUGCCCGUCAAGCCAAAAGCACAAAUGCCAAAAGCAAACCUCAUCAUGGAUGAAAGGCAACAGCUCAUGGGAUCGGAGCUGUAUUUGGCUGUUGUAGGAGAGGUCAAGAGAACACUUUCAAAUGCGGCACCAAGUGCUUCACAGCAGCCUUCAUCCAAGUUCAUUAAUUUGAUUCUUAGUGAAUCGUUGAAGGGUAUAAAAGAAGAAGGUACCAUUUUCCUUGAAAACCCUAAGGGAAGCACUCCUCUGAGUUACUCAAGCUUUUUGAAUGAGAUCGAUAGAAUCUUCCAGCUGAAUGGACGCAAAUUCAAGGUUUUCGAUGGUCCUAAUCAAGUGACUGCCGAGUUGCUAGCAAAGCUGCAUGGCAAGACUCUUCUCGUCACAUCGCUUAGAGAUAGCCAAACCCAGAACAUUAAAUCUAGCAGCAGUUCUUUGUGCAGUUUUGUAGACGUCACAUGCAAAGGAAAAACGCUCUCAGUCCAGCUUGAGAAUCCCAAAGGUGUUGCAGUUUCUCACGAAGAGGUUUGCCGCGUGAUUUCCUUGGUCUUUGAUGUCCCUAACUCAAAGAUGCCGAAAACUUUUAAUGUUGAAGGUCACAAAGUAACGUUGGAUGCUUAAUUGCUUAAAUAAAUUAUGCUUUACUCUUUUGCAAC